AGAAGCAAUUGAUGCUGUGGGAGGCCAAGGGCAGCCCUCCCCAUCCAGCCACCUGGCCUGGGCUUCCUCUUUCCCUGCAUCCUUUCUUCUUUUAUUGAAUUCAGCUGAUAUUUGGGGGUGACCUAGUAGGUAUCAAGCAGGCAUCGUGGGGGAACACAGAUGCACAAGUGGUACAGAGCUAUCCAGAGGCCCCAGGCUAGACUCCGGAACACUGCGGCCUCCCUGGGGAAGCAGCAGUGUCAUAGAGGUGGUCUGAUACAAGCAAAGAGUAUCUUGAGGGAGGAAGGGGAAUGAGCCUGAGGCAGUAGGUCCCUCCUCCAGACUCUGACCGCAGGAUUCCUACGAUAAGAUUCUCAGAUGCUGCUUCCCCCUAGUGGUAACCAGUUACCCUGCAACUCGGAGACCACGUGAUUUCGGGGAAAAGAACCUCCCUGGAGCAGAACUGAAACUUAGGGUGGGGACUGUAGAAAGGGGCGGAGAGAUCCAGGAGCUGCCUAGCCAGGAGCUGAGCUGAGGUCGGCUGAGCCCUGGGACAGCCUGCAGAACAGCUCAGGAUGGCAUCAGGCAGGCCACGUUGCACCCGGAAGCUCCGGAACUGGGUGGUGGAGCAGGUGGAGAGCGGGCAGUUCCCAGGAGUGUGCUGGGAAGAUGCGGCCAAGACCAUGUUCCGGAUUCCUUGGAAGCACGCAGGCAAGCAGGACUUCCGGGAGGAUCAGGAUGCCGCCUUCUUCAAGGCCUGGGCAACGUAUAAGGGAAAGAAUGGGGACUCGGAAGGCCCUGCUAUCUGGAAGACUCGUCUGCGCUGUGCUCUGAACAAGAGUUCUGAGUUCCAGGAGGUUCCUGAGAAUGGCCACAGGGAUGGGGCUGAGCCCUACAAGGUGUACCGGCUGCUGCCACCUGGAACCCUCCCCGCUCAGCCAGGGACCCAGAAAUCACCAUCAAAGCGACACCACAGUUCUGUGUCCUCUGAGAGGAAGGAGGACGAGGUUACCACGAAGAACUGCAUACUCAGCCCCUCCUUGCUCCAGGACCCCCUCAAAAAUGAGCUGGUGGAGACCAGUGGGGGAACAACCUAUUCAGACUCCGGGAGCAGCAGCAGCAGCAACAGCCCUGAGCUUCAGGAAGGUAGGGACACAGCUGAGGCCCCUCUCCAAGGAGAUCUGGUGUACCCAGAGCUUCUGCCCCCUCCAGGUUCAGACUACUCUCUGCUGCUCACCUUCAUCUACGAUGGACGUGUGGUGGGUGAGGCCCAGGUGCAGAGCCUGGACUGCCGCCUCGUGGCUGAGCCCUCGCGCUCCCAGUGCGGCAUGGAGCAGGUGAUAUUUCCCAAACCCGGCCCACGAGAGCCCACCCAGCGCUUGCUGAGCCAGCUCAAGAGAGGGGUCCUGGUGGCCAGCAACUCCCGAGGCCUCUUUGUGCAGCGCCUUUGCCCCAUCCCCAUCUCCUGGAACGCACCCCAGGCUCCACCUGGUCCAGGCCCGCACCUGCUGCCCAGCAACCAGUGCGUGGAGCUCUUCAGAACCGCCUAUUUCUGCAGAGACCUGGCCAGGUACUUCCAGGGCCUGGGCCCCGCACCCGAGUUCCAGGUGACACUGAAUUUCUGGGAGGAGAGCCCUGGCCCCAACCACACCCCACAGAGUGUUAUCACAGUGCAGAUGGAGCAGGCCUUUGCCCGACAUUUACUGGAGAAGACUCCAGAGGAUCAGGCAGCCAUCCUGUCCCUGGUGCAGAGCCUGGAGGACCCAGCCUCCUUCUCCUCUCCCUGUUCCACCUGUCUGCUUUGAGAGAGCCUCUUCCUCCACGCUCUCGACCUGCCUCCCACGGUGAUCAUUCUCAUCGGUUGUCUGGGUGAUUUAGUCCUUGAACUCCUCAUAGACCUUGGUUGGUGGGGAACACAAGGAUGACUUUUUUUUUUUUUUUUUUUUUUUAAUUUUGAGAUAUACCCUCUUUCGUCUCUGAGGAACUGAACUGGGCAAGUACAGAUGGCGCGAACUCGGGGCCUUUCCCUCUGCCCGCAACCCUAAAACCUAGCACUUUAUAUUUUCUUCUUAGAUCUUCACUAAGGAUUGAAAAUAAAAUUUUAUUGAAAAGGAA